AUGGAUUACGAAGAAAUUGUAUGUGUGCAUUUGAACUUAAAAUUUUUAAUUUUUAAAAAUAUAGAGAAGGAAGAUAAUUGCUUAUGUGAUAAUUUUAUUGUAAACUUAGCAAAUAUAAAUGACAUUGAAGUAGAUAAUAGUUCUAAAGAAUAUUUCAUAAAAAAAUUUCAUGGUAUUCUAAAAAAAAUAAAAAGAAAUGAAUAUGAAUGUAUUUUAAGUGGUACAUUAACAGAAAUAGCUAAUUUUUUAUUUCAGCAUAUUGAAUUAUUCAUUGAGAUAAAAAAAAAUAAAUAUGAUACAGAAGGUAAUAGUGAUACUAAAGAAAAAGUUAAUGAAAUAGAUUUUUAUGACAAAAACAAAAUAAAAAAGAAUAAAAUUCAUUUAUUGAAAAGCGUUGAUACUUAUGAUGAUUUAAACUUUGAAAAUAAUAGUAUUUAUUUUAAGUGUCCAUUUAAUGAUUUAAUAAAUGAUUUUGAAUUUUUUGAAAAUAAAAAAUAUGAAAAUAUUAGCAAUUUUUAUAUAGGAAAUGAUUUAAUUUUAUCUAUUUGUUUAAAAUUAGAAGAGUAUUUAAUUGAAAAAAAAGAUUUAGAAAAAGUAAAAUUGUGCUCUUAUGUAAAUUUAGAAAAAUAUGAAAGUAAAUAUAAGCAUAUAUUAAAUAUAUUUAGUCUAGAUAAUUUAUUUUAUUUAUAUAUUAACUUUAACGAUUAUAGUAAAGAAUUUUUUUAUGAUAAUGAAGUAGAAAUAACAGUUGGAGAUAUGAUGCAAAAUUUAUCAAACAGGGUUUUAGAAAAUGGAGAAAAUAAUGGUUUACAUAAUUCUAUAAAUAAAUUUAUAGAAAGAAAAAAAAUUGAUGAUUUUAAUGUAGGUUGUCAUUUUUCAUUAAUUCUAAUUGAUGAUACAAAAGAAUUAUACGAUUAUUUUUGCAUUAACGAUAUAUUUAUAAGUUUGAACAAAAUAAAGUUAAAUAUAGAUAAAAGUGUGUUUUCUAAUAUUAAUGAUAAAAAUGAAUUGUGGACUUUUUAUAAAAAUUUUAAAAAAAUAACAUACAAUUUAAGCACUUUAAAUAAUUCUUCUCAUAAGUUAAAAUUUAGUGUUAGUAUUAUUUCUAUUUUAUUGAAUUAUAAUUCUAGUAAUGAGUUAAAUUCUUUUGAUCUCAAUAAUAACCCAUUUAAUCAAAAUUAUAAAUUUAUGAAUUCAUAUAAUACUUUAUAUAAAAAUAUUUCAGAAAAUUCAACUUUUAAUUUAGGAAAAAAUAAGGAAUUAUCUAAAAUGAAUUUCAUCUUGUGUAAUUUGUUUUUAUCAGUAAAUCGUUGUCAUAUAUUAGAAUUGAGUAAUAUUUAUGCAGAGAAAAGAAAAAAAAAUAAAAAUAAUUUUUUUAUAAAAAUUGAAUCUAGUAUGUUUCAACAAACUUUUGUAUCACCGUUAUACUUAUUUCAAGAAGAUACACAAAUUGAAUUAAACAAUUGUUAUGUAAACCAUGAUUUUAAUAUAAAAGAAGAAGACUUAUAUGAAUAUUUUGAAAACAAAACUAUUUAUUUUGAUUUAUGUUUAAAGGAAAAUGAUAGUGAUAUAAAUAUAGGAAAAGGAAAUUUUUCAAUGAAAAGUAUUGUUAAUGAAUUAAGAGAUAAGCUAGAGGAAAAAAAUAUUAAAAAUUACUAUAAAUUUAAUUAUAAUAUAUCACUAUAUUUAAAUGUAUUUAAAGAAAAAUACUUAACAUCUGAAUUAAGUGUAGAACUUUUUUUUAGUAUGAAAGAAAAAAAAUUAGAAGAAAAUAAAGAUAAUAUUUUAUCAGUAGAAUCAAAGUGCCUUAAUUAUCAGAUUCCUAAUAAUAUUUAUGAAUUUAAAAUUUGGAGAGAAAAGGAGGAAGACAAUAUUAAAAAAAUAUUAAAAAGAAAAGAAGAAAGUUUAGUUAAAAAAUUUACGAAAAAUUAUGAACUAAUGGAAAAAGAAAGGAAAAACGAACUAGAAAUAAAAAAAAAUGAACUUAAAGAAAUUAUGAUUAAAAUGAAAGAAGAACAAAUAAAUAUUAUAAACAAUAAUAAUGCAUUAAAAUUAAAGGAUAAAGAAUUAAAUGAAGAAAUUUAUUUAUUAGAAAAAAAAUUAAAAAAAAUUAAAUAUGCUUAUGAAAAAUCUCUAUAUGAGUUUAAAGAAAAUUUAAGAAAAAAUAAUUUAAAUGAAAGCAUGUUAAAAGAAAAUGAUGAAUUAAAAACUAAUUAUACAAAAUUAAUAACAGAGAAUAAAAUAUUAAAAAAGGAAAAUGAAGAAAUGAAAUCUUCAUUAAAACAAUAUAAUAAUAAAGACAAUGUAAUUAUAAGCAAUAAAUAUUUUGAAAAAUUAAAAGAAGAAUUAAAACUAUUAAAGGAGUAUAAAAAUAAAAUGAAGGAAGAAAAUAUAAAUUCAUAUAACGAUAAAUUGCAGAAUUAUGUAAAAAUUAUUUACAAAAAUAGAAAAAAAAUAUUAAAGUUGAUAACUAACUUUACAAUAAAAUUAGAAAAUAUUUACGAUUUAACGAAUGAUGAAAUAUUAGAGGAAAAAUUUCAGUCUAUUUUAGAAGAUUUAAACUCAAUAAAGUUCAUAGUUAGUGAAGAGAUGAAAGAAGAAAAAAAAUUUAAAAAUAUGGAUAUGCUGGAAUUAAAAAGUAAUAAUAUCAAUAAUAAUAAUAACAAAAAUAAUUCAACUUAUUUUAAUAGAAAUAUAGAAAAUAAUAUAAAAGAAAAAGAUCAGAAACAAUUUCUUUUUCAAAAAAAAACUCCUAAAAAAGAAAAAGAAAAAAAGGGAUGCACGAAUCAAAGUUUUACGAAAAACGUAAACAAAAAUGAAAACAAAAAUAAUUUUAAUUUUAACAAUCAAGCAAUAGAAGGUAGUAAUAAAAAAAAAAAUACGAAUAAUCAAAUUGUUGAAAAUUUAAGAAGUGAAAUAAAGAGAUUAAUAGAAUCAGGAAUAUACAAUGAAGAUGAUCAAAUAAUCAUAAAUAUGAAAAAAAAAUUGGUUAGUAUCUUAAACUGUGACAAAUAA